CUCUAAUCCAUUAGAGCUCCAGUCCGUAUUUCCCAUCAAGCCCCUCUGGCAGGGUUUGUUUACUGGCGGAGAGCCUGGGAAGAAGGGGAUCCUACAGGAGCUGGGAGACUUUACAAUCUACCUCUGUGGAGGGACAAAAAAAAAAAAGAAAAGAAAAAAAAAGUUAAAACUCUCCUCUUUUUUUUAAUACUUAUCAGCGUGCAUGCGUAGUUUUUUGUAGCAGACAGAUGUGCAUAGUGCGAAGCCAAGUUGGAAGCGUUUGUUUUUUUUCUUCCUCUUUUAUUUUUAACUCUCAAACAAAAAAGGAGAGAGCGCCUCUGAGCCGCGACCAGGUCCGCCUGUCAGCCGUGUCAAGAGCGCAGGGUCUCGGUGAAAUCUCUGCGCGGCCCGAAGAGGAGUUCCUGAACCUGCUUAACUAACCCACAACUAUAGGAAAAGAGAAGCUCUUUUUUCUGCUCCGUUUGGAUGUUUUUUUCCUCUCUCUCUGCCUUUUUUUUUUUUUUUUUUUACGAAAAUACACGCCACGCAUGCCACAAAUCCCUCUGAAUUCCAAUAAAUAUCGUCUUUUUUUUUCCUUAGUGUGGGGUUUUCGUUCAUGCAUUUUUGUGUUUUUAAGACGACAACAGCGGUGCAACCUAGUGGCUUAUUCGUGACAUUUUCUCGGAAGUUUGCGCUGAUUGACAGAGGCUGCGUAAACUUGCCUUGUGGCCUGGACCAGACCAGAGCGCAGCGGCCGAGGGGGCUAGCUUCCCCCAGCUAGCUUAGCAGCACCGACGGCUAACACAAGCUAAACAAGGCUGCUCGUUUAUACACAUUUCCUCUGUGCGUGCACGAGUGGGCUCCACGUGGCGUGUUUUUUUUGUGCAGUCGAGACGUUUAGUUGACAGCAUAAGAGCCCACGUAAUGGUACCCGUGUUGGCUCGGGUGCGUUUUUUCACGGAGCGGCUAGCUGUAGCCGCGGCGGCGUUAGCCUGCGUUUGAGCGAACACGUUGGACACGUUCCUCCGCCCAUCUUCCGGGAUGUCUUUUAUUUAUUUUUGUUUACCUGUUGGCCCACGCUGUCAAAACCCCGCUUCCUGAGUGCAUAUCUUCUGCGGUUUGGAUUGUUCUCCCACACGCACCCUUCCGCAGGGGGGACUAGCGUGUAUUUUUUAUUAUUAUUAUUUUUUUGACCGGAGCGGUGGUCGGGAUGGUGGCCGCUAUGUGGCUCCGGACUUGGGGCUGCGUUCUGGCCGCUGCCUGCCUUGCGAUGAGCUGCCACGGAGCACACGGAGAAAUUUGUCCAAGCAAGGACAUCCGCAACAACGCGACCAACCUGCGAAUGCUCGAGAACUGCACCGUGAUCGAAGGCCACCUGAAGAUCUUGCUCAUGUUCAAAACCAACGCCAAGGACUUCCAGGGGCUCAGCUUCCCCAAGCUGAGAGUGGUCACCGACUACCUGCUGCUCUUCAGGGUUUACGGCCUGGAGAGCCUCAGCAGCCUCUUCCCCAACCUGACGGUCAUCCGGGGCAACAACCUCUUCUUCAACUACGCCCUGGUGAUAUUCGAGAUGCCCCAGCUGCGAGAGAUCGGCCUCCACAGCCUGAUGAACAUCACCAGGGGCGCCGUGAGGAUCGAGAAGAACCCGGACCUCUGCUACCUCUCCACCCUCGACUGGUCCAAGAUCCUCGACACGGUGGAGGACAACUACAUCGUGGCCAACAAAAACGACAGAGAGUGCGGCGACGUCUGCCCCGGCGCGCCCGUCGGGAAGACCGUCUGCCCGUCGACGGCGAUAAACGAGCACUUCAGCGCGCGCUGCUGGACACAGAGCCACUGUCAGAGAAUGUGUCCCAUGAACUGCACACAUCGGGCCUGCACCAAGGACAACGAAUGCUGCCACUACCAGUGUCUGGGCGGCUGCCUGAGGCCCAACUCGCCCAGGCACUGCGUGGCCUGCCGCGGCCUCCUGCACGGGGACAGCUGCGUGGAGCGCUGCCCGGAAAACUACUUCACCUACAAGGGCUGGCGCUGCGUCUCCCUCGCCUUCUGCCAGGAUCUGCACAACAGGUGCAAGCAGGAGAAGAGCCCCGACUGCCACGAAUACGUCAUCCACAACGGCGCCUGCGUCCCAGAGUGCCCCUCCGGCUAUUCAGUAGGCAACUCCUCCACGCUCAACUGCACCCCCUGCGCAGGGCCCUGUCCGAAGGUGUGUAUGGGUCUGAAGACGGUGGACUCUGUCACCACCGCCCAGGCGUUGAGAGGCUGCACCGUUCUCAACGGCAGCCUGGUCAUCAACCUGCGCGGAGGAAACAACAUUGCAGCUGAGCUGGAGGCCAGCCUGGGCCAGCUGGAAGAGAUCACUGGCUACCUGACAGUGCGACGUUCCUACGCUCUCGUUUCCCUCUCAUUUUUCCGCAAGCUUCGCCUUAUUCACGGACAACAACAAGAAAUUGGGAAUUAUUCGUUCUACGCCCUGGACAACCAGAACCUGCGGCAGCUCUGGGACUGGAACAAACACAAUCUGAGCAUCCUGCAGGGCUGCAUGUUUUUCCACUACAACUCCAAGCUCUGCAUGUCCGAGAUACGCAAGAUGGAGGAGGUGACGGGGACCAAGGGGCGCGGGGUCAAGAACGAAAUCUCCUCCAAGACCAACGGAGACCAGGCUUCAUGCGAGAACCGGGUGCUGAAGUUCACCCAGGUGCGAACCAUGAGCGACAAGAUCAUGAUCAAGUGGGAACCGUUCUGGCCUCCGGACUUCAGGGACCUGCUGGGCUUCAUGGUGCUCUACAAAGAAGCACCUUUUCAGAACGUAACAGAGUUUGACGGGCAGGACGCCUGCGGCUCCAACAGCUGGGUGAUCGCCGACGUCGACCCUCCGCCCCGCAUCACCGACACGGAAAAGGACCAGAUUGAGCCGGGUCACCUCAUCAUGCCUCUGAAGCCGUGGACGCAGUACGCCAUCAUGGUGAAAACGCAGCUCUCGGCGUCCGACGAGCACCAGGUCCACGGCGCCAAGAGCGAGAUCAUCUACGUCCGCACCAAUGCCACCAAGCCGUCUGUGCCGCUGGACCCCAUGUCGUCCUCCAACUCUUCGUCUCAGAUCAUCCUGAAGUGGAAACCUCCCAACGACCCCAACGGGAACAUCACCCACUACCUGGUCUCCUACCAGCGCCAGCCCGAGGCCAGCGAGCUCUACAAGUUCGACUACUGCCAGAAGGGGAUGAAGUUGCCGUCGCGGGUGCCCACUCAGGUGGACAGUGACGAGGAGCGCAAGUGGAACCAGACGGAGGACCAGGGCCAGGGGAAGAAAUGCUGCGCCUGUCCAAAAACCGACAAGGAGCUCAAGAAGGAGAAAGAAGACAUGGAGUACAGGAAAACCUUCGAGAACUACCUCCACAAUGAAGUCUUUGAGAUCAAACACUCGAGACAGCGGCGGUCUGCGGUGGGCGUGGCCAACAGGACGCAGCCCUUCCUCACCACCGCCGCCAGCCCCAACACCAGCACGGCCGUCCCCGACGACGACGACGACGAGGAGGAGAAAAAGGAAUACAACAAGACGACGGUCAAGGUCCACGCCAAGGAGUCCACGGUCAUUUCCAACCUGCGACACUUCACCAGCUACCAGAUCGAGAUCCAGGCCUGCAACCACCCGACCGACGAGUCCCGCUGCAGCAUGCCGGCCUACGGCAGCGCCCGCACCAUGCCUGAGGGUAAUUGGCCUACAAAUGAUAAAGCUGACAACAUCUUGGGUCCCAUCACUCACGAUGUUACAGAAAAUACCGUGCACAUACACUGGAAGGAGCCACAAGCUCCUAAUGGCAUCAUUAUUCUGUACGAGGUGUACUACAAGAGAGUGGGAGACGCCGAGGAGCUGCCCCACUGCGUGUCGAGAAGCAUGUACAAAACGUUCCGAGGCUGCAAGCUGAAAGUGAUGCAUCCUGGGAACUACUCGGUCAGGAUCCGAGCUACGUCGCUCGCUGGAAACGGCUCGUGGACCGAGCCCUCGUACUUUUACGUCGAGAAUCCCAGCGAUCCCCUCUACGUCGUGAAGAUCAUCAUCGGGCCGAUCAUCUGCAUCGUCCUGCUGCUGUUCGUGGCCGCAGCGGGAUUCAUCGUGUUCAAGAAGAACCAAACCCAAGGACCUAGCGGACCCAUUUACGCCUCCUCGAACCCAGAGUACCUGAGCGCUAACGACAUGUACGAGGAGGACGAGUGGGAGGUGCCCCGGGACAAGAUCGCCAUCUUGAGGGAACUGGGCCAGGGCUCCUUCGGCAUGGUCUACGAAGGCAUCGCCAAGGACAUCGUGAAGGGCGAGGGGGAAACGCACGUGGCGGUGAAGACGGUGAACGAGUCGGCCAGCCUGAGGGAGAGGAUCGAGUUCCUGAACGAGGCGUCGGUCAUGAAGGCCUUCACCUGCCACCAUGUGGUGCGCCUGCUGGGCGUCGUGUCGAAGGGCCAGCCGACCCUGGUGGUGAUGGAGCUGAUGACCCACGGGGACCUGAAGAGCUACCUGCGCUGUCUGCGGCCGGACUCUGAGAAUAACCCCGGGCGUCCGCCCCCCACCCUGAAAGAGAUGAUCCAAAUGGCCGCCGAGAUCGCAGACGGCAUGGCUUACCUCAACGCCAAAAAGUUUGUCCACAGAGACCUGGCGGCCAGAAACUGCAUGGUAGCACAGGAUUUCACGGUCAAAAUAGGAGACUUCGGCAUGACGAGGGACAUCUAUGAGACGGAUUACUACAGGAAGGGAGGGAAGGGCCUGCUGCCCGUCCGGUGGAUGGCCCCGGAGUCUCUGAAGGACGGCGUCUUCACUGCGCAUUCAGACUGCUGGUCAUUCGGGGUGGUGCUGUGGGAGAUCAGCACCCUGGCCGAGCAGCCGUACCAGGGCCUGUCCAACGAGCAGGUCCUGAAGUUCGUCAUGGACGGAGGCUUCCUGGACCGGCCGGACAACUGCGCCGACAGACUACACAACCUGAUGCAGAUGUGCUGGCAGUACAACCCCAAGAUGCGGCCCACCUUCCAGGAGAUCAUCGAGAUGAUGAAGGACGACCUGCACCCCUCCUUCCGGGAGGUCUCCUUCUUCUACAGCGAGGAGAACAAGCCGCCAGAGAGCGAGGACUUUGACCUGGACAUGGAGAACAUGGAGAGCAUCCCCCUGGACCCGUCGUCGUACUCGCAGCGGGAGCAGUGCUCGGACAGGGACGAGGCCUCCUCCGUGGGCCUGAGGGGCAGCUACGAGGAGCACCACAUCCCCUUCACGCACAUGAACGGCGGCAAAACCAACGGACGGAUACUGGCCCUGCCGCGCUCCAGCCCGUCCUAACACCACUUUGACGCUUACAGAAUAAAAGUCUAUUUUUGUUCUCAUUUUAUAUAGAGAUCUCACUUCUAUCACUUUGUCCUCAGAAGUCCCUCAACACAUAUCUCAGGACCUUUAUUUUUCUCUCCAGAUGCCACAAACACACACACACACACUACAGCGAGUCCACGCACGGACGCCACGAGACACUUUUUUUGUAUUUAAGGACGGACCUCCUGCUUCUGUUGUUCAUGAUUGUACUUUAUAUACUGUAAAUAGAUAUAUAUAUAUUGCCAAUGUUGUUGUAGACUGGGUGGAUUUUUUUUAUUUUUUUUUGGAUUCAACUGUGAAACAAACUCUUGACAAACAAGAAGGCUGCUAAACCCACUGUCCCUCGCUUCGUCGCAGGCCGUGUCCCUCCUAAUCAGCCCCCCCUCCCUCCCCCCGCCCCGGGAUGCUACGUUAUGGGGAAUAAAAAGUGCCCUUCUCUUUUUGUCUGUGGCCUACGGCGGCUGCCACGGAACCGAGUCUUUGUCUAUAAUGCGUGGACGGCGGACUGAGAAUGAAAUGAACACAAAAAAGACUGCUGGAUGAUCCAAAGACGGUCCAUCCGGGAACAAACUCAGAUCCACUGGAGAAGCUGGUUGAAGUGGCUUACCUCCUCACACUGCAGUAUUCCAAAAAAAAAAAAACACACACACACAAAAAAAAAAAAAAGGCACACAGGAUAAACACAGGACUUAUUUUGGGUUCUGUUUUUUUUCUUUUUUAUUUAUUUACAUGUCUCUUAUCCCCCCCAACCCCUCCUAUUUUUCCUCCCCUCUUGUGUAUUUUGAGUUUUCACAUUUACAGCUGAAGGAUAUUUAAACUGUUUUCAGAAACAUGUUGGCAAGCAGGUUCGUCAGAUUUUACCAAUAGCUGCUUUGUUGGUAUAUUUUAGUGGGUAUAGAAGUUAAAUAUAAAUAUAUAUAUAUAUAUAUAUAUAUAUUAAAAAAAAAUCUUUUAUUGACGUUUUUGUACAUAGUGGAUAUGUUGUCAUUCUUGAGGUAUUUCUGGUUAGAUAAAGUUUUUACAUGUUAGUCUUUUAUGUUUUUUUUUUUGUUUUUUUUCUAAUCCAGAAAAUCUUUUGCUAAUUAGCUUUUAUUUUUCUUCUGACUCAUGAUCAACCAACAGCACUUGGUCUUUUUACCGUGCGAUGCCCGGGAGGAGGAUAAGGAGGAGGAGGAGGAGCGUUUGGCGUCUUCAGCUUUAAAAUGUCUGCCCAUCAUAUCGAGAUCAAAUAAAAAUAGUGCUGUAAAUAAAGCAGCAAGGUGCAUUUG